AUGGCCACCGUCCUACCUCUAGGCCUCCCAUCACACAUGAAGUUAGCACCCCCAGACCUGUCGGUGUCUGACCACAAUCUCUCCGAGCCCGAACAUGCGGACCUCUCGUCCUCGUCGCAGGACUCGGACGACGACCAUCAGCGACACAAGCGCGCAGCCGUUGAGUCCUUCUUCUUUGCGCGCUCUCACAACAACAAGGCUGGGCUCGUGAUGCAAAUCCAGCGACUAGCACCCAAGGGCGACCAAAAGACGCGCCCCACACCGCUGUUCAACGUCCAGCGAAAGAAACACAGACUGUUGAAACCCGUGCAUGGAAUUCUACGAUCGGUGGAGGGAGCGGCUGGCAUUGUUGGCGCAAACUCGUCCCGAAGACAUUCGGACCAGUUCUACUGCACCCGCCACUCGACCACAGCUCUGUCGCGAAACAAUUCGGGCAGAUGUCGAGUCGUCGAGGGAGCCACUCUGCCCGUCCCCAAGUCCGGUUUUAACCAAAUCGCCUUUGAUGGCAUUGAGAUGGAGUCGUCGCCACCCACUUCGCCGUACCUCGGUGGGGCAGAUCACUCCUUCUCCUCCGUGUCACUCCCAGAUGUGGCCAACACAACCACGGGGAGUCACGUGCCCGCCCAUCACACUGGCGAAGAUGACUCUUCUUCUGACAGAGGCGUCUACCACGUAUACACUGUGGACGAGCAUCCGCAGUCAGCCGGCCGAAUCACUCACUCUGACAUUCGUUUCAACGUGUCCGCCUCUGAGGCCGACCAGUCGUACAUCAAGGACCCCUCAUCGGUCUCCCCACAAACCUCUGCCACCGGGGGGUCUCGACGCCAGACCCUUCCGCCACGUGACUCGCUGCAGGCCUUCCUGGCAACGCCCAUCACGUGGCAUCUCAAGCAGGUUGGCGCCCGCACCUACCGACUCGUCGACUCGUCCACAGAUAUGGCCAUUGGCUACUGGACCGGCGAGCGUGGCUGGCGGUUUGUGUCCAAGGGCGAGACCCUCAUGUCUCUGUCCGAAAAAGUACGUGUGUACUCGCCCAUGUUCCGCAAGCCCAUGUACCUCGACCAGGUGGUGCACCGGCUGCGAACCAAGCAUUGGGCUGACAAGUCUGACGAGGACAGCCAUCAGUCCCGGCGGCGAAGAGCGUCGACGGUCCCCCACGCACACGGCCACAAUUACCGUGUGACGUUGGUGGAUGCGAUUCUCUUCUCCGCCAUUCAGCUGCUCAUGCAGCAGCAGCUCCAGCAGGCCGCAGCCGAAUCCAUGGUUGUGGCCACACCGUCGCUGUACACUCUGCCUCAGUCUGACUCGCAGCUGAGUUUCAAGAAUGUGCGACGGUCGCUGAGUCUGUCACGACCCAAGUUGGAUUCGCGACAGUCGCUCCAGCUUGAUCACAACACACGGCCUGAGACUGAGAAGCGAAAAUCGUUUUCCGAGCACCGCAAGUCGUGGACAGGCUCGAUUUCGCACCGACGCAAGUCCGUGACACCGUCUCCGCCGCCAAACAAGCGCAUGCUCGACGUCAGAGACGUGCCAGAUCUCCAGGAGCAUCACCAUAGCACCCCCAAGAAGGCUGUGAAGCCCCCCAAGACCGUGAAACAUACACGGUUCGACUCGCAGCCGGAAAACAUCCCAACGCUGCAUGAGCCGGCGAGAGACGUGAACGUGAGCGUACCUGCUCGACGCCACUCCCACCGCUCGUCCCGACGCUCGGCUCCCCCCGCCCCAGUCGUCUCGCAUUUCCACGAGGCCAUUUCCGAGCCCAUUCCUGCCGUUCAGGCCGCCAAGAAGAGAAACUUGGUGGCUCGCUUCUUCCAGAAGGUGAAGCAGAACAUGAAGUAG